AUGGCGAAGCGUGGAUUGACAGACAAAGAAAUUGCUCGCGAGUUAUAUCGUGAUUUAGAAGAAAUUGACGUUGAUUUGUCAGAGGAAGAUAUUGUAGAUGACUCUGAUGAUGAUGUGGACUAUGUUCAAGAAGAAGUUUCUGGCAGUUCAGACUCAAAAGAGGAGAGCAGGUGUCCAAGCACUUCAACAGCAAGUAAUCCCGUCGAUAUUGUGCCUGAAGAACGAGUGAGACUAACGGCAAGGGGGAAGACGAGACGUGUGCGCCGCACCGAUCCUGAGGAAGGUUGGACGAAUACUGAUCGUGCACCAGAUAUCGAUCUAUUCUCAGGACAAUUUGGAAUAUGCAAUGUUACCCAGACAGUACCAGAUUUUUUGGUGGACAAUCUCAGAAGAAUAAGCAAUACUGCAGUUGAACCAACAACAACACCAGGAGCUGAAGAGCCAUCAGUAACAACAACAAAAGUGAAUAUGCAGUCAGGGUCAUCAAGGAAAACAUCAGAAACAGUUUUAGAAAAGAAGAAGGAAAUUCUCCCACAGUGGAAAACACGUGUGUUGGAGCUGCACAGAAAUGAUUGUAAUGUGCAAGAAAUUAAAUCUUUAAACAUCCUUGUUGAUGUUAAAACAAGGGAGGAGUUUGGACAGUGGUUGGCACAGUUUGAAAACAUAACAAAAACCACUUAUACAAUAAGGUGCACUGAACCUGCAUCAGGAAAAUAUGUUGUUUUCAAACAAAGGCUGGUCUGUCACCACAAUACUCACAGUAUAAAAGUUCAUGGUUCAGUGCAAAGGGCAACAAAAAACACUAACUGUCCAUCAAAAAUGACAGUGACAAUUCACACUGUGCAUAAUAGAUACAGAGGUAAGUCUGUAGAGAAAGCAGUGCUCUACAAGGAAAUGCCGUGUGAGGUUAACUUGGUGUUGGGUCAUAACCACAGUGUUGAGAGUGCUGCUGCUUUAAGAUUUAGGCAACCAUCAAGUGAGGUCAAAGAAAAAUUAAUAUCCCUGUUUGAAAGAGGUCAUUCACCAGCCACUGCUCUUGAGUCAAUAAAGGUUGAAAUUCAGCUGAAUUGUCCAGAUUACCCUUUAGUCCUUGCAGACAGAAGCAGGUGUCCUGAUUACAACUUUUGCCACUAUUUGUUCAACAAAGUUUUUAAGAAAAAGUAUGGGCCAACAGACUUCAACAAAGAAGGAAAGCAGCUGUUACAACAGAGGUUAGAGGAAUACAACAGCGAAGUUGGAGCUGUGUGUGCCAAGAUGAUUCAGAAAGAUGAUGAUUAUAUAGUAUGCAUUUGCUCACCACUGAUGCAAAAAGUCCAUACUCACGUAAAAGCUGCUUCCAAACUUGUAUUUAUGGAUUCCACUGGUUCUCUGGAUCAUGAUAGCAGCAGAGUGUUCGUUUUACUUACUCACAGUGAGUGUGGAGGUUUACCACUAGGAGUUCUGAUUAUGUCUUCAGAAAGCUGCGGAGUUAUAGAAAUGGGACUAGAGUUGCUGAAAGAGAUAGUGGGGGAAAAUAUUUUUGGGGGAAACAUCAAUGGCCCAAGUGUAUUUCUGACUGACGACAGCCAGUCAGAACAAAAUGCAAUUAGAAGGUGCUUCCCAAACACAAAAACUUUGUUGUGUAUAUUCCAUGUCCUGCAGGCAGUGUGGCGCUGGCUUCUCAAAACAAAAAAUGCUAUACCACAGCAAAAACAGUGCGAGUUCUUCCAGAAUUUCAAAAAAAUAAUGUUUGCGCAAACAAAAAAUGAAGCAGUGGUAAACUAUAAUGUAACAAGAGCGAACAUCGGUGAAAAUCAUCAAAAUUUAUUGAAAUACUUGGAAGGGUAUUGGGAUAGGAGAGAACUGUGGACCCUUUCACAUCGGCGAGGUAUGCUUAUAGAAGGGCACAACACAAAUAAUAUAAGUGAGGCCUUUAUGAGAAUUUUAAAGGACAGGAUUUUUGAGAGGGUGUGUGCCUUCAAUGUGGUUCAGAUGGUGGACUUUUUUCUCACAAAGGUGAAUUUGUAUUUUCAGAGGAGACUUCUUGAUGCUGCUAAUGGAGCAAGAGAUUCUAGCAAAAAUCAGACAAAUCAAUGA